AACAAUUGGGAAAUCACUGCAGGGUCUCAUAACUGCACCAAUAACCCUGUAGAGUUCUAGUUAAUUCUUAGCAGAUCAGUGGACUUUCACACUACUCUACAUACACGUUUCUCAUAAUACAUUAUAAUCCUGCAAGUAAUAAGAAAUGCUAUACCAUCUGAGGAACAUGCUUAACGCAGCUUCUCUGAUACAUGGCAAGAACAGCUUCCGCUAUUUUCGAUCUUCUCAUAAUAAUGCACAGUUGAAAGGACGUGAUCUUUUAUCCCUGAAGAACUACAAUGCAGAGGAAAUAAAAUAUCUUUUGUGGGUGGCAGCUGAUCUGAAACACAGAAUAAAACAAAAGGGAGAGUAUCUGCCAUUACUACAAGGAAAAUCUCUUGCCAUGAUAUUUGAGAAGAGAAGCACCAGAACUAGACUUUCUACUGAAACAGGAUUUGCUUUACUUGGAGGACAUCCUUGUUUUCUUACCACACAGGAUAUCCAUUUGGGAGUCAAUGAAAGUAUGAAGGACACAGCAAGGGUGCUGUCUGGAAUGACAGAUGCUGUUCUAGCACGAGUUUAUCACCAGUCAGACCUGGAGUUAUUGGCAAAUGAAGCAACUAUUCCCAUAGUGAAUGGCUUGUCUGACGACUACCAUCCGAUUCAGAUUCUAGCUGAUUAUCUCACCAUUCAGGAACAUUAUGGAUUCCUCAAAGGACUGACAAUUUCCUGGAUUGGUGAUGGGAACAACGUUCUACACUCGAUCAUGAUGAGUGCUGCUAAAUUUGGAAUGCAUCUUCAUAUUGCAACACCAAAGGGAUAUGAACCUAAUUCUUCUGUAAUUGCAGCAACAGAACAAUUUUCUAAAGAGUUUGGCACCAAGCUGCUUAUGACAAAUGAUCCUCUAGAAGCUGCUAGCGGAUCCAACGUGUUGGUUACAGACACGUGGGUGAGCAUGGGACAAGAGGAGGAGAAGAAGAAACGGCUAUUGGAUUUUAAAGGUUACCAGAUCACAAUGCAGACAACAAAAGUGGCUGCGCCUAACUGGACAUUUCUUCAUUGUUUGCCAAGAAAGCCUGAAGAAGUUGAUGAUGAAGUCUUUUAUUCCCCUAAAUCACUUGUUUUCCAAGAAGCAGAAAAUAGAAAGUGGACAAUAAUGGGUGUGAUGGUGUCUUUGCUGUCUGAUUACUUCCCUCAGCUGCCAAAGCCUACGUUCUAAUUCCUGGCACAUGUCAGCCUGAAGAGUGCUCAUUGCAACGGGCAGGUUAUCUGAUGCACAUGAAGGAGUACAGACUGGAAGGAUCAAAGCAAAUGAAUAAUUCUUUCCUAAUAUGUUGCUGAAUGGCACACAUUCAACUCUGGUUCGCAUUUGUUCCCAGAUAGUACAAAAUAACCUUAUUAUGAUUGCGUAGGUUGUUCCAGAUGUCGUUAAAAGUUUUGAAACUUGUCAUUUUAGUACACAGCUUGAGUUAAAUGAGUGCAAAAACUCAGUUUAUGUCUUUACAUGUACAUUAAAUGAGUAUUGUAUUCA